AUGGCUACAAUGGAGAGCUUGAUCGGUCUCGUAAACAGAAUACAAAGAGCCUGCACUGUUCUCGGCGAUUAUGGCGGUGAAGGCAUGUCAUUAUGGGAAGCUCUUCCGUCCGUUGCGGUUGUUGGUGGCCAGAGUUCUGGAAAAUCUUCAGUUUUGGAAAGCGUUGUUGGCAGAGAUUUCCUUCCUCGUGGAUCUGGUAUUGUUACAAGGAGGCCACUGGUAUUGCAACUUCAUAAGAUAGAAGGCGGGUCUGACUAUGCCGAGUUUCUUCAUGCGCCCAAGAAGAAGUUUACUGAUUUUGCUGCUGUGCGUAAGGAGAUUGCCGAUGAAACAGAUCGCAUUACUGGGAAGAGCAAGCAAAUCUCUAAUGUUCCAAUUCAUCUCAGUAUAUAUUCUCCUAACGUUGUCAACUUAACCCUCAUAGAUCUUCCUGGUUUGACAAAGGUGGCUGUAGAGGGCCAGCCAGAGAGUAUAGUUGAAGAUAUUGAAAGUAUGGUCCGUUCUUAUGUGGAGAAGCCCAACUGCAUUAUAUUGGCUAUUUCGCCUGCCAAUCAAGAUAUUGCCACUUCAGAUGCUAUAAAACUAGCCAGAGAAGUUGAUUCUACAGGUGAAAGAACCUUUGGUGUGCUAACAAAGCUUGAUCUGAUGGACAAGGGAACCAAUGCCCUGGAUGUUCUUGAAGGGCGGUCAUACAGGCUCCAACAUCCCUGGGUUGGAAUUGUCAAUCGUUCACAAGCUGACAUCAACAAGAAUGUGGAUAUGAUCGCUGCUCGUCGGAAGGAGAGAGAAUAUUUUGAAACAAGCCCUGAGUAUGGACAUUUGGCUAGUAAAAUGGGUGCAGAGUAUCUUGCAAAACUUCUGUCCAAGCAUUUAGAGACGGUUAUCAGACAACGGAUACCAAGCAUCAUUGCUCUAAUAAACAAGACUAUUGAUGAGCUUAAUGCAGAGCUGGACCGCAUUGGCAGGCCUAUUGCAGUAGACUCAGGGGCUCAGCUGUACACGAUUCUAGAAUUGUGUCGUGCAUUUGACCGUGUAUUUAAGGAACACCUUGAUGGAGGGCGUCCUGGUGGAGAUCGAAUAUAUGGUGUUUUUGACCAUCAACUGCCAGCUGCUUUGAAGAAGCUGCCGUUUGAUCGUCAUCUCUCUAUGAAAAAUGUGCAAAAAGUUGUUUCCGAAGCUGAUGGUUAUCAGCCACAUUUAAUUGCUCCUGAACAAGGAUACAGAAGACUAAUUGAUGGAUCCAUAAGCUAUUUUAAAGGACCAGGGGAAGCUACUGUGGAUGCGGUGCACUUUGUUUUGAAGGAACUUGUUCGGAAGUCAAUAGCUGAAACAGAGGAACUGAAGCGAUUCCCAACCCUUCAAUCUGACAUUGCUGCUGCUGCAAAUGAAGCUUUGGAGAGAUUCCGUGAUGAAAGCCGGAGAACAGUUCUACGACUGGUUGACAUGGAAUCUAGCUAUCUAACUGUGGAAUUUUUCCGUAAGCUUCACCUAGAACCAGAGAAGAACACAAACACUAACCCGAAUCAACCAGGCCCAAAUGCGGAUCGUUACAAUGACAACCAUUUCAGGAGGAUCGGAUCCAAUGUCAGUGCUUAUAUUGGUAUGGUUUGUGACACACUGAGGAACUCUAUUCCAAAAGCUGUGGUUUAUUGUCAGGUUCGAGAGGCUAAGAGAUCUCUUCUGAAUAACUUCUAUGUUCAAGUUGGGAGGAAGGAGGGUAGGGAGUGGGUUAAUGCAGAUGCAUUAGAAAUUUUUGGCAAAUUAAAAUAUUCCAUUAGAAGCAUUGCUGAUCCUGGCUACACCUCCAUGGGCGAAACUUUUGUGCACAUGAAGCUUAGUUUGGCAUAUGGAGCUCUGAAGGAGCGGCUUGGUGCAAUGUUGGACGAGGAUCCACAACUCAUGGAGAGGAGAGCGACCAUAGCUAAAAGGCUUGAGCUAUACAAGUCAGCUAGGGAUGAGAUUGAUUCAAAAGAGAUUCGAAUAUGGAAUCUAAGAAUAAAGAGAAAUGGAUGCUUCUGUAGGCUCGUCGACCUAGUCCGACAAAGUUACGCAUGUGCCUUGGAAAAGCCUAACCAUGCAUAG